CGGCCGCGCAUUUUUCCCCUUCCUAUAUGGUUGAAAUUUCUGAACGCGAAUAAUGGCCGGGUGAUUUAAAAGCAGGGGCUUACCCGCUGGUUUGGCCCCUUCAGGCUGACGGAAUAUAUGGAUUGGACCUCACCAUCGUCGGAGCAGACUUGGAGCGACACAGCAAGGGACAACGCAGCAGAAGAGAAGACUUCAUCCAAGACUAUAGGUCACAUGACAGAUUUGUGCGGUGAUGAAACAGACAACUCCCUCUCUCUUCAGCUUCACACACUGAAGGAGUUUGAACAGCACCUGAAUGACCUGAAGAAGGAGAACUUCAGCCUCAAGCUCCGCAUCUACUUCCUGGAGGAGAGGAUCCAGCAGAAGUUUGACGAGAACAGCGAAGAUGUGUACCGCACGAACAUCGAGCUGAAGGUGGAAGUAGAGAGCUUGAAGCAGGACCUCCAGGAGAAACAGCAGCUUCUUGACAAAGCCCUUAGUCAUCGGAGCUCCUCAGUCUAAGGUCAUAGACUACCCCCCACCACCCACCGGCGUUCCUUUUUUCCAUUUCAGGAAGCUGGCAGUCCUAACCCACACCCAAAACUGAACCACUUUGCCUCCUUGGCGGAGGUAACAACUAGAAAAUGCAUCUUCCGAACAUGAGGAGGCUCAUUGAAAGUGUUGGCGAUUCUUUACAUCAUCAGUCCUCUCCAGGAGAUUCUGAACACAUCACGCCAUUCCUGUCUCUGAGGAAGUUUUUUGCGGAAGACGUUAAUGACGUAAUAAAGUUAAUAAAGUAUACCGA